AUCCGCGACUCGACAUUACUUUCGCAACUUUCUUUCGCCUCUACCCUCCCUACCCACAAUGUCAACAGCAGCAGAGCAGACCGACCUCCUCCCGGGCCAGAACCUCGCACACCUCCUCCCGCCGUCGUGGAAGCAGGUCAUCCCUACCUGGUUCGCCGAGGACACGCCGUCCUACGACUGGGCGGGCUUCGUCGUCGGCGAGGAGGAGCAGGAUGCGAUCUUGUGGGGCAAGAGCGGGGGCGUUGUCGCUGGCGUGCCGUUCUUUGACGAGAUCUUCAAGUAUGUCGACUGCACUGUCGAGUGGCUCGUCCCCGAGGGCACCGUGAUCCCAGACGGCGCCAAGACCAAGGUGGCCGUCGUGCGCGGCAAGGCGCGCGACCUGCUGCUCGGCGAGCGCGUCGGCCUCAACCUCCUCGCGCGCGCUUCCGGCAUCGCGACCGUCUCGCGCCGGUUCCGCGACCUCGCGCGCGAGGAGGGCUGGGGCGGCGUGAUCGCCGGCACGCGCAAGACGACGCCAGGCUUCCGCAUCGUCGAGAAGUACGGCAUGAUUGUCGGCGGCAUCGACCCCCACCGCCACGACCUCUCGUCCAUGGUCAUGCUCAAGGACAACCACAUCUGGGCCCAUGGAUCAAUCACCAACGCCGUCAAGGCUGUGCGCCGCGUCGCGGGCUUCUCGCUGCUGGUCAAUGUCGAGUGCCAGGACUUUGCAGAGGCCGACGAGGCGAUCGCUGCCGGCGCCAACAUUGUCAUGCUCGACAACCUCGUCGGCGCCGAGCUGCACGGCGCAGCCAAGCAGCUCAAGGACAAGUGGCGCGGCAAGCGCGAGUUCCUGAUCGAGACGAGCGGCGGUAUCGUCGAGGGCUCGCUCACGAGCCGCGUCGGCCCGGACAUCGACAUCCUCUCCACGUCCGCCGUGCACCAGGGCACACCGCACGUCGACUUCUCGCUCAAGAUCCAGCCACGGAAGAAGUAGGCGGGCGUCACGAAAACGACAUAAUGGUAUGGUUGGUUGGUUGGCUAGAGGCAUGCAGCGGGUGUGUGAUUA